AUGUUCGGAGAAUGGGACAACUUCUGCACCGAGAACGUUGUCUUCAACGUGGCGCACUUCGACCUCCCCUACAACGCCAUCCUCUGGCGCCCGGCGCUCGCCAAGUUCAUGGCAGCCGUGCACUAUGAAUACAGCACCCUGAAGAUCCUGGGGCCUUCCAGGGUCAUCUCCAUCAAGGCAAACAUCAAAGGGUCAGUGCAUUGCACUGAGAGGCUCUACGAGGCCAUGGCGGCCAUCUCCCCGUGCGAUGGCGAACACCCCGAGCCGUCGGUGCACCCCCCGGCUAGGCAGCGGAUCACCCCCGAUGAUGCGGCCCUCACCAAGGCAAUCUGCCUCGAGGAUGAUCCCAAGAAGUCUGCGACAAUUGGAGAACAGCUGGGCGAAAAAUAG